AGCAAAUCUCAGUGUAACUGUCAAAUAAUACACAAACCACAUUUGUUUCACAUUGUUUUCAAAUUGUUGGGCUUGUGACAUUUGUAUUGAUAAGUCUUCGCUGCAUUUCUGGGUAAUGAGUCAUAAACGCUGAUAAUUCUGAUGAAAUCAAGAACAAAAAAAUUCGAAUCAAAGUGGACCCACGCCCUUGCUUGUAUUUAUAUGCAUUUAAGUUUCAAAGCAGAUAUUUAUGUUCAUAUAUGACGUGUUCAUGUAAUAAAUAUGAAAUUAUCUAAUUCUCAGUGACAAUAUUUCAGAAAAUGAAUGUAGACGAGCAAAACGUUGUACGAAUUCUAAGUGCCAGAAAUCAUUAUCAAACAUUGGAUGUUGGCCAGAAUGCCCCUGCCACCACAAUUGAAACAUCUUAUAAAAGGAUCGCAUUACUCGUGCAUACAGUUUUAAUUUUAAAUGUAUUUAGAUAAAAACAAAGCACCUAGAGCCAAGGAGGCGAUGCAGAAAGUCAAUGAAGCAAGGGAGGUUUUAAGUGAUCCAGUAAAACGAAUAGUUUACGAUUACAUUCUCUUCGGGAAUAAUAUUGAAGUUAAUGAUGUGCCUAACCCUGGGCCUAAUCAGCACGAAUUUGCUGAUGAUGAUGAGUCCAACACAUAUGAACCUGAAACUGAUGGUUCCAAAUACGAUUUUCCCAACGAACGCAAUCGUACACGUUGGUGGGAGGGUCAUAUCGGCUUCUACAUUAUGGUUCUUCUUCCCGUGAUUCUAUUGAUCUUGGUACCGUCGGCAAUUUUAAGCUUGGAAGCGUUGUUUACAACACCUCCAGUUUUUAGUUUGACACCAAACUCCAAAUAUGUAAUUCCCAAACGAACCAUGUCACAAAAGAUUCCGUAUUAUGUCACAAAAAAUUUUCAAGCCGAAUUUAAUGUUCAUUAUAAUGGACAUCGGAAAAAUCUGGAAAUAGACGUCAAAAAUGAAUACAAAACGAAAUUGGAGAUUGAUUGCAAUCGAGAAUUAAGGCAGAAGGAAUACUGGCUUGAAAUGGUUAGAAGUUCCAAGGACUUUAAAGAAGCGGAAUCAAUGAAUAAGGUGGCUCAGUCAAUAGAAACACUAUCAUGCCAAAAACUUCAAUCACUAUUCGACAGCUCACAUAAGUCAUCACUCUUUUCGUAUAUUUUCAAGUCUCUCACAAAAUAUCUUUUACCAUAGACAUUUUUUUACGAUUUUUGCAAGCCAAAUACAAAAAUUUUCCUUUUAAGACAGUCUAAAUUAGACGAAAAUAGUAUGUUAAUUAUGAUUAAAUUUAAAAUAAAUUGAUUUAUGAAAAUAGAAGUUAGUUUUUGUCAUGGGGCGAAUCACGCUAGUAAAUACUAGAAAAACUAGUAAAUCUAGUGCGAAUAAUGACG